CGUAAGCAGCUUCUGCAAGCCAGCAUGUUGGCUAUCCGACCCGUUGUGCUUGCUCUGCUGAGUGUGCAGUGCUUUACCACUGCCGGAUGAAAAUACUCAGAUUCCAAGAACCAUCUGUUGGAUUCAGAUCUGUUUGGCCGUAUGGAUGAGGUGGGCUGUGGCUUCGCUGUGGAGCCUGUGUGUGUUUGCUGCGUGAACAUUGUUCGGCUUUUCAAGCCUUUUCACCUACAGGAAUGGCCAGUUUCGAGGGCGGAGACUAGCAAACAACCACAACAUUGUGUUUUACAUCUCUCGGACGCUAACAUGGCCCGAUGAAGUCAUUACAAGUCUUACUGUCUCGUUUUGGAUUUUGUUUCUGCUUUUGCAUGGAGGGAAAGCGCACAACGACGAACCAUGGAAAUGACCGCUUGCCAACUCCCUAACAUGAAUAGGUGCUGAGGACUCUACAGAACAAACCAAAAUCAUUCCAUCCUAUCCUGGCGAACCUCGUUGCGCGCUGUCUUCGUGCUAUCCACGCCUGCGAAAACUAUAUUUGAUGUCGUGAUAGAGUAUCGAGCAUUUGCUUAAACCGCCUUCUGCAAAGAUAUCUUAGCCCAGUUUUAUGUAGUUACUGUAUCCUGUUGUAGCAUACAUUCCAGUGGCUGUUUCGCGUAGCCUGUAGCUUACAGCGACCGUUUCGACAUUGCAAACUGUAUCGAACUUAGUGGCCCGAUUUUCCUUUUGGGAACGAAACAAUCCCUCUCCAGUGGAACUUUGUAUACAUGCUUGGAGUUCGUAGUGGCUUAGGAGACACAAAAGGCAAACAUGAGGAAUGCUGAGGAGACGGACGGGUUUGAUGGCGAGGCCUCCAACACGUCCAUGAUCUCGGGAGCAAGCAGCCCGUACCAGCCAACUACAGAGCCCGUACACGCCAGAAAUGUACUGGGAGGCAUCAGGUGUGACAUAGAGUACCUGAGGUCGCCCUUCGGCAUUUUAAAAAUCAUCGAAGUGGCCCUGGCCCUCAUCUCCUUCAUCUGUAUAGAGACCAUCAUGAUGUGUUCUCCAUGUGGAGGUAUCUACUUCUUUGAGUUCGUCAGCUGUAGUGCCUUCGUGGUGACUGGAGUACUACUGCUGCUAUUCAGCCUCAACCUACACACCAAGGUCCCGCACAUCAACUGGAACCUCACGGACCUGGUGAACACAGUGAUCAGUGCUGUCUUCUUCCUAUUGGCCUCCAUCGUGCUGGCCGCCAUCAACCAAUCAGGAGCCGGCGCCAACGUGACCAGCGUCAAGGGCAGCCGCAAAUCAGACGCCGAGAUCGCCGCCGUGGUGUUCGGCUUCCUGGUGACAGGUGUGUAUGCCGUGAACUGCUACCUGGCGGUGGUCCGGUGGAGGCGGGGGGAGGGCCAAGGAGGUCAGCUGACCAGCAGCGAGUACAUACGCGCUCGCACCGCCUCCCGCGGAGAGGUGGAGGCCCGCCCUGAGCUGCAGUGAACCAACCAAUCAGCACCUCUCCUCUUACUCUCCGCCACUCACGCUGACCAAUGAGAGUGGCCCGAUUCCCCAGAUCCACCAAUCAACCUAUCACCCACUCUCGCACAUUGACCAAUGGACUUCUCCCGCUCCCCCCACAUCCACCAAUCAGAGCUCCCGUGUGUUCCCGUCCUGUUCUCAUCAUGCCUAUCAAUAGGCAGGGGCCUUUGCCAAGACGGGCCUCGGACUUCAGGAACUUGGCUUCACGCAGUUGGACCUGGCCAGGCCCAGCUCAGCUCGGCUCUGAUGCGGUCUGGACUGGUCUGGUCCGGUCUGGUCCACUUUUGAUCCACAUACGGCGCCCUCUGGAGGUCAUUUCAUGCCACUCUUCUUGGCCCUCCGAAACAGCCUAAUGGGAUCAUUAUCAAAUCACAUGCCAGGAAAACAGUCACAUGACAAACAGUCGCACCAUUGAUUGUGUGCAAUCCUGACACAGCUAUGCGCACACACGCACGCAUACACACACACACACACGCACGCACGCAUACACACACACACACACACAUACACACACAAUGUAAUUUCAGCCACACAACUUCCUGCAUUUGAAGGAUGUAUGAAUGGUACGGUUGCCACAUUUCAGAGGUUAAAAACCGGGACACAUUGACGCGCGAGCGUGAAACAUUCAUGAUAUGUGUUUAUUUUAAUAAGGUAAUAUGAAGACGUGUAUUAUUAAAAAAAAACAGGACAGUUAAUCCAUUUACCUAGACAGAGCACAAAAACUGGGACAAUCCAGGAAAAACCUGGACGUGUGGCAACACUAAUGGACGGAUGGAUGGAUGGAUGGAUGUGUGCAUUGUGCUUUUAUCAUCACCAGCAGAUUUGCUUUAGAAUCUACAGUAUCUGAGGAGGACAGUCAGCCUGAGCUGUGCCGUGCCGUCUGGAGGACUUCUAAUGUGACUCCUGCUCUAACUUAAGAGUCCAUUCACACAGCAGAUCAGAUCAGAUGUGUUGGACAAUUAUCGGCAAGCAAGUUACAGAGUUGUUUGUUGGUAACCAUAAGUGUGCUGGUUGGAUCCCCAGCAUCUCCGUGUGAAUGAGGGAAGUGGAUAACAUAACCAGUGCUCUCCUCUCCCCCAAUGCUCCUCCAUGACCGAGGUAGCCUGUUUUUUGUUGUUGUUGUUGUUGUUGUUGUUGUGUGUUCUGUGCGCUCGGCUCAUCACGUGGUAGGACCUUUUUUUCUAACCUUUAACUUUCACCGUAUGGGUCCACAUGAUGAGCAGCUAGACUAGGGAGAUGAAGUUAGACCAGCAGCAUCUGAGCCAGACAAAAGACAAAAAAUCAGUCUCGACAAACACCUUCUGUCACCCGGAGGAAAUACACACUCUGCACUCUCUGCACUCUCGCCUGUUCGGCAUAAUCUAAAGUGACACACACACACACACACACACACACACACACACACACACACACACACACACACACACACACACACACACACACACACACACACACACACAUUCACACACACACACGCACCACAAAUCUGGACUACAUUUAUAACGUGUAUAAAGCAGCUUUGGACAAAGCUCUCCUGUAUAAGCUGUAGGCGUAUAGCACCUGUACAACGAUGGACAUGUACAGUACACUAUAUUUGAUAUUCCCUACAUCUUACAUCAUCAUCAUAAAUGAGGAGUUAUGUACACUACGAUAAGGGUGAAAUUUCCUCUACAUAAAUGCCUUAUGUACGACAAAGGACUGAGGUAUAUGACACUGCCACCUUUGCUUUAGCUGGCUAAUGCAUGCCGUGGGCAUGUAGCGUUAGCUGUGUUAGUCCUAUGCUAAUGUGUGACAUUGACAUGUAGCAUUAGCUGUGUUAGUCCUAUGCUAAUGUGUGACAUUGACAUGUAGCAUUAGCUGUGUUAGUCGUGUGCUAAUGUGUGACAUUGACAUGUAGCAUUAGCUGUGUUAGUCGUAUGCUAAUGUGUGACAUUGACAUGUAGCAUCAGCUAGGAUAGUCCUACGCCAAUGUGUGACAUUGAUAUGUAGCAUUGGUAGCCUAGUCUUGCGCUGAAUCAAAACCAGAGAGAUGAGGUACACUAAAGACGCAUGUCUUCAGUUUGAGAAGUGACCAUUCCCCACAUGAACACUUGGGAUCCUAAUCAUGGGAACUGGUGCAGGAUGCAGCCGACAGCAACAGAGAUGCCAAGACUUAACGAGAACGACUAUGAAGAAAACAGUUACACAGUGUUUGUGGUGAGGUAUAUUAAUAAUGAUGAUGAUAGUAAUAAUAAUAAUAAUAAUAAUAAUAAUAAUAAUAAUAAUAAUAAUAAUAUAAGCUAAUGUGAAAGUAGUGCUUGUGCUAAGCGUCGAGGGAUGAUCUGAUCAUGUCCUGCUAAUCUGCCCUACAAUCUUAGAACGCAGUAACUCUGAAAACGGCAAACUGAGAAAAAAGGCUUCAAAGUUUUCCAUAUGGCGCGACAACUGUGUUGCCGGUAAAUUGGUGGUGACACUUCCUGGUAAUGCUUGUUUAGGAUAGAAAUUUAAUGCACAAAAAAAACAAAAAAAACCCAACAUUUAUGUGUCUUUUUGCCACAAAAAACAGAGUUACUGCGUUCUUGGCUGGUAUUACUGCCACAAAAUGGAGUUACUGCAGGAGUUACUGCGUUCUUAGCUUGUAUUACUGUCUACUCCCAAACCAGUCCCAUUGGAACGUGCAGCAGUAACUCGCCGACUUACUGCGUUUUUGUUUAACUUUUUUUGGGUCAUUUUUGCACUUUCAAAAUGAGUUUUCUCCCAAACGGGACGGUGUUGGACCACCAUUUUUGGACACAAGACAAAUGAGGUAGUUUAGAACCGAUUUCCGAUAUAAAAAAAAAAAUCGACCAUUUUGAGUUACUGCGUUCUAGUAUUGCACGGCAGUAAUACGUGAUGAUGUAGUAGGAAGGCACACGCCGAAACGCAUCUGUGCACAAAAUCAAGAAAAAUUGAUGCAAGGUGUGCCCCCCUUUUCUUUGAUUCAAAGUAUUUAUUUGGAACAACACCCUUAAAAGUUAUCAAGAAACCUGAGUGAAGCCUGCUACCCAUCAUUGAUGGCUACAACAAUAACACAAUAUUACGCAACUAAUCUGGAAUUUGAUGUACUGAUUCAGGACACUCCUCGUGCUUCAUUCCACAAACACACACACACACACACACACACACACACACACACACACACACACAGGAUGUACUUCCUGGAACCGAUCACAUCCCCAUCUUAUUUUUGGUUUUGUAUUCAUAUUAAAUGUAUGUAUUUGUUUGUGUAAGCAACGUAAAUACAGUAUACAGUAAUAUGUACUGUAUAUGUGUAUACUAUGCGUGUAUGCUUACAUGACAUGUGUGUAUGUGAAAGAUGUGUUUGUAUGCAUUCAUGUGGGUGUUUGAAAUGACCUCUCUAGACCUGUGACCAGUGUUGCCAGAUUAGGAUGGCUGUCUGCGGGUAAAAAUGGCCAAUUUUUGGCCAUAGAAAUCAAUAUAAUUGGGCGGGAUUUAGUGCUUCCAGGUGGGGUUUGAGCAUUUUUUGGGCUGGAAAUCAUCAGCCUCAUCUGGCAACCCAGCCUGUGACCACCCAGGCCUUGGGCCUAGGCCCCUGGGCCUGUUGCCCCGUAGGCUCAUCAACUAAUCCUCCCCUGUCGGCCAAGCGGUAGUCUUGUCUAUUGCAUCAAGUAUGAUUGAAAAUUAUAGAAGAAGCGCAACACUGCUACGAUUACGGUCAAGGUUUUAAAAGGUCUGACUGAUCGAAACGUCAGCUUUCACAUCAAAACCUUGACCGUUAUUGUAGCAGCGUUGCGCUUCUUCUACCAUUUUCAACUGACUUCCAUUGAGAUAGCUGCUGCACCUGCAUAAAAGAUUCGAGGUGUGCAGGCCACCUCUACAUUCUACAUCAAGUAUGAUUACCAGGAGGACAAACGUAAGAGUUGACAAUACGUACGAGUCUCAGUACAUUGUUUCAGCAUUACUUGUAUUAUUUGCCUAAUGACAGGUCUUAACUUGGUAUUUGUGUAUUUGGGUCUAUUUGAAGAAUGUGUAUGUAGACGUAUGUGUACUUUUGAAACACAACAUACAUUUACAGUAAUAGACUGCAUAUUUACAGUAUAUAUAUAUUUUCUGUCUUGUCCAUGAACAAUGAAGAACGGUGCCUCUUCGUCCUCCAGCACUCUCUGCCUGUUUGACUCCAGUGUGCGUAUGUGUGUGCGUGCGUGCGUGUGUGUGUGUGUGGUGUGCGUGCUCGUAUGGUACAAUGCUCCAAGAGUGCCUUGCAGGAUCCAGUAUGUUAAAGGCAUUCUUGCAAAUUCUCAAUACUUAACCUAGUUUGUGUGUGUGUGCGCACGUGUGUGCACGUGUGUGUGAGAGUGUUUCUACAUUAUAACUGUUUGGCUUCAGGAAUGUUUAAUUAGAGGGAAACAUGGUGAAGGGUGUUUUCUUUUCUUUUUUUUCUAAAAAAAAAAGUUUUUGGGGCGUGCUUACAUUUAUAGACAAUCACUAGUGUGUAUUUAUAAAGUGUCUUAUAUUUGUGUGCUUUUGAAGAUAAAACAAAUGAAAUGUGGUAGGCUAUGCUUUGAUAUGUCUAUAGUAGAAUUUUGUCUGGUGUUUCCCAUUUCUUUUCAAGCCAAUGAUACUGUGUGCAAACUCAGACCAGCCUCUUAACACCCGUGUUGCUUUGAUGUCCACCAUUGGAGUAGCCAACAUAUCUUUAGACCAAUCACAAAGCUGUGCCCAUGCUUUUGGACCAAUCACAAAGCUGUGUUGUCCAUCGCUCACACUGUGGCUGUUUUUUUGGACCAAUCACAAAGUAAACCUUAAGUAGAUGGUAUCAGCAAACAAGAAGCGAUAACUAUGAUGUAAAUAUGAUAUUGUUUUAUGAAGUUUGUAUUGAGACGUUGCUCAAUCACUUAUGUUUGUAUGUAUGUAUGUAUGUAUGUAUGUAUGUAUGUAUGUAUGUUUUUUGUAGUCUUAAGACUGCCUGAAGUUGGACUGGUUAUUUGGGGGUGGGGUAAACAUGUGAAAUGGUGUGUUUUUAACUGAUAUCAGCGGGACCAUUAACUGAAGUACGCACCAUUUCAGCUCAAGUGUGUGUGUGUAUGUUUGUAUGUGUGUGUGUGUGUGUGUAGAUGUGCGAGUAGCACCUCUGGUGUGUGCAACCAAUGCAUUAGUACUCAAAUGUGUAUUUUUGUAUUUAUAGAUUUCUCUGUACCAAUCUCUGUACCAAUGCUAAUUGUGGGGUUCACACGGUUUAAGUCUGCUAACAAUAAUAAUGAAUUAAAUGAUUC